CCGUCGAGCUUAUAAAGACAUACCAAAUAACUGCUUGGAACAUGCCAGAUAGUAUGAACAAAUAACCGUUACUCCCUUACCCUACUGGGACUUCAGUUGAAUGUUCUAGAACUAUGUACCUCUGGGUGUAUUGCCGAUCAACGUCAAAUGAUACAGAAACUAUUGAAACAGGUCCAGGCUGUAAUUACAGUUAGCCUGACAUGUUCCGCCGAACUUCUGAUCGCCGCGCAUGACAUUGAGAGCCCUAGCCGAGGAACUUGAUAAGGUGCUUCUCCGGGACAUAUAAUGAGAUGUUUGGAGAGAACAGCAUAUGCUGGCUUACUCCAUCACGAUAUGUGAAUGAAGUAUCUAAAAUCUUGGGUGGGGUCUGCCUAUUAACUUGGGAGAUGUCUUGAGUUGUGUCAGACUCUCUCGCUCCAUAUUAGGAGCAGUUUAUGGUCAAUUCCUUGCAAUCCUUGUUUAUGCAUUUGUGGGACUGUCAGGCAAUGGCAUCAACUGCGUUCGAAAUAAUGGGCCAUUUGAGUCGCUAAAUUUAAAUGUGUAACAUUAUUAAAUAGUUCUCGAGUAGACAAUGAGUGUCGAGAAUAAAGGCAUGCUUGUUUGGUGAUAUGCGGUCGACUGCGGAGGUAUCACAGCACCCCAGUUUUGUAGUACCUCUGUAGCUAUAGGAGCAAUAUAUAUUUCAAUCGGCCUUCUAGAAGAUCAAUAUCAAAAGAGAGAGUCAAAUGUCCAAAGUUCAAGUUCCAUCAAACAAACCUAACGUAAAUAGUCAAAGUCACGUGAUCAACACAUCAGCAUCAACCAGUGGAAAAAAGUCCCAACUCCGCAAAGCCAUCAACUCCACCUCCAACAUCUUUUCCCAAACAACACGCACAGCAAUGGCCCCGGUCACAAUUCCACAAUUCCUCCUACCGCGGGGAAUCCCGUCUACACGGGCCUUUCAAUCUCUCACACGCGCAAACGUAACCCACCACCGCAUCAGGCCCACGACCCGACGCUGCGCAUCAGACAACAGCAAGCCGCGAGUCCUAGAACAGCCAGACAAAUUCCGGCCGCCAUCACACCCUGCGCGCAGGGUUGUGCAGACACGCAAUGGAAGAGUCAUCGGCCGAGAGCCGAUCAACUACGGUCCUAAGCUCACGGAAAAAGAGAGGGAGGAGCAGAAGCGCAAGCAGUAUCCGAAUAUGUUCCCACCCGAGGGCACCGUUAUGCAUAAGUUUCUGACGAACCGGUGGAUUCAUAUCUGGAUUGCUAUGAGCGUACUUACAACUUUGGCUACGUUUACCUUCACGACGAACUUUAAGCGGUCAUCACCGUUUGCGCACUUGCUUCCGUCUUGGUCGGAUCUUCUUUGGCACCCCAUUGAUACUAUUUCUCAGGCGUUGGCUGUUUUCCGCAUGCAUGUGCAGCAUACCUCCGUGCAGACGAGGGAGAAGCGGCAUCAGCGGAUCGAGGAUGCGGAGAAGAGACGGCAGUACCGGAUUGCCCAUGGGUUGGAGGAGCCGACUGAGGAGCAGGGCAAGGCUGAGACUGAGGUGGUCGAUGAUCAGUCUCCGAUAGCUGCUGAUGCGGAGACAAAACAAGGAAGUGGAGAAUAUGUUGAUUGGGAGGGAAAGAAGAAGCCUGUCAAGAAGUGGUUGGGGAUCUGGUAGAGCUACCUUUUCUGAGCUGGUAUUGGGGUUGUGGAUUGGAGGUUGGGUAAUUGAGAGACUGGGAUGUAUAAACAAUGCUGAAGAGCA